AUGGAGAAGGAGGUGAUGGAAAAAUUACUCAAAUUUAAUUUAUCUGCUAGGGAGGAAUUGGGGAUCCGAUUGCAGGAAGAUGAUGUCACAACAGGAGUCCAAGAUUGUCAAACCAGUUUGAUCGGGAAGAUAUUUGGUGAGAAAAAAGCGAAUUUCAAUGGUCUGCAAACAACCCUGUCCAGCAUCUGGAGUGCAAGACAGAGCUUUGAAAUAAGAAAUCUGGGGGACAAUGAAUUUCAGUUUAUAUUUCAAAACGAGGAGGACAAAAAUAAGGUCCUGACUGGGAAAACCUGGACAUUUGAUGGUCAAUACAUAUUGCUCAAAAGCUGGAAACCAGGUAAUGAGAAGUUUUCAACUGAAGAGGAAAAGGUGAAAAUGUGGGUGCAAAUUCAUCAAUUGCCUCCGCACUGGAUAGCUUACGAACCGGGGCGCAAGAUUGGGAGGAUUAUAGGAAAGAUGUUGAACGUUCUGGUCCCUGGUAAUGGGAAUAACGCAGGCAAUAUGCUGAAGGUACUGGUGGAAGUCAAUCUACGAGAGCCACUUCUGAGGGGGACAUUCAUUUCUCUUGGAGAAGAGAAAAAAUGGGUCGACUUCAGGUAUGAAAACUUGCAAAAUUUCUGCUUUUAUUGUGGUCUGGUGGGACAUGGUGAAAAAAAUUGUAGGGUUAAAACUGAGGAUGUCUCAGACAAUAAUGCUAAAAUAGGCCAAUUUGAGGAGUGGUUGAGAGCUCAAGGUCCUAGUCAUUUUGAAUCCAAUAGGAAUAGGUCUUUCCCAGAACCUAGUACCCCCAGUGAUUCCCCUAUAUCCCCUAUCUUAGAAAGGGUAAAACAGCAUAUAGGUGAUAACAGCCCAGUGCAUAUAGGGAGUGAGGAAGUUGAGUGUGCUCGAGUGGAGGUCAUAGGUUGUGAGGAGGGCCAAGGGAGUGGGACUCAGGUUGGAAAAUUGGGGAAACAGAACUUAUUCAACUCCAACCUAUUAUUGUUCAAUCUCUCAUGGAAGGAGUGA